UCAUCCCUUCCAAAAGUGAAGACACUAAACGGGUUUGACAUUGAAGUUGAAUUACGAGUUGUCACACCAACAAUUUUAAUUGUUUGGUUUUGUAAUUACUACUGGUUUAUGUUGAACGGUUAGAUAGACUGCCUGCGCUCUAUUAUUUAAAUUACAUGUUGUUUAUAUAUAUAUAUUGUAAGCAAUACACGAUUACUCCAUAAAGUACUUAAAAUAUCAGCUGAUGUGUAAGUUUUAGAUAAGGGCUGACUGUAUUUACUUCGAUUUUCUGAUAGCACGUGUGAGUAGUUCUCAUGUAGCAUCAGGCCGAAUAGGAUCCCUGAAGGCCUUUCCUCUUGCUAGGCUGCCUAUACCAGUUGCCACGAUAACCUGCUUGUGUAUAUAAAUAAUUAUUUCUUCCAGUCAGAGUAUGUAGUGGCAAAGUACGUUUAGAGAAGUUGAACGCAGCAAAUAUAACUAUCAUUAAAGUUAAAGGAACGAGCUCUAAAGCAAGAAAUCGUAACUACUACGUGAAACAGUUUUGUUACUUCUUCGUAAGUGUGAUACUAAUUUAUUCAUUUAGGAUACGUCACUUUUUAAGUCUGAGUUUUUUUUUUUGUGAAUGUUUUAAUUUUCUAAAAUAGUGACAGUCAGUUCAGUUCCAUAAACAGUUUGACAGAAUUGUAAGUUCAGAAACAGCAUACAGUGUCCUGAUGCCAACAAGAAUGACAGAACUGAGGUUGAUUAUAAUAGUUGUGUCCAUAAUUUUGACUGUACAAUUUGUGUCAGUGAAAUGUACGAAUAAUACAACCGCUGAAGAUGACAGGUCCCAUGUGCAAGAUUGCAUGAACAGUUCUGUCUCAGAUUUCCCUGAUGAUUUGUUUGAUUUCAAAGAGAGGAAAAAUGGAGCAAUCAUCGUUCAUUUCUUCUUAGCACUCUACUGUUUCACAAUAAUUGCAGUAGUUUGCAAUGACUAUUUUCUGCCAUCUGUGGACUGCAUCUGUACAGAGCUGAACCUUACACAGGAUGUGGCUGGAGCAACUUUCAUGGCAGUUGCUACAUCAUCACCAGAACUUUUUGUCAAUAUCAUUGGAACUUUCAUUACGGAAUCAGAUCUUGGAGUGGGGACAGUGGUGGGUUCAGCAGUGUUUAAUACACUGGGGGUUGCAGCAUGUAUUGGUCUUGCAGCUUCUAAGACUAUUAUUCUUGAAUGGUGGCCACUGACACGUGACUGUAGCCUCUACAUUGUUACCAUUGGAGUUCUGACUGCAGUGACUCUUGAUGAGAAAGUAGAGUGGUAUGAAGCUCUCAUACUAUUCCUUAUGUAUAUUACAUACUUCCUCAUAAUGUGGGGAAAUGGACACCUUAUGAAGUUGGCUAAGAAAAUUGAAGUCAAAAUUAUUGGCAGUAAAACUGUUCUAAAUGAUCCAGAGAGCUCUACAUCAGAGGUUUAUUCAAAUGUUGGCCCUGGAAUAUACCGCUGGUAUCUUCAUGGUGAUUUUACUGUCAGUAACAAGAUGACUUCAGAUGAUACAGAAAAAUCUCCCAAAAAAGGAACAGGUCGUCUGAUGUGCCCACCAGUAGGGGGCCUACUGGACAAAGUGUGGAAUAUAUUCUUAUGGCCAAUUUCACUCUUGGUCUUCAUCAGUAUACCAGACUGUCGAAAAAAUCACUUUCGCCAUUUAUAUCCUCUCACAUUCAUUAUGUGCAUCGUAUGGAUAGCUACAGCAUCAUACUUGAAUGCUUGGAUGAUGACAAUUAUAGGUAAUACAUUGGGAGUUCCUGAUUCUGUCAUGGGCCUUACUAUGCUUGCAGCAGGUGGAAGUUUACCUGAAGCAUUUUCAUCUAUCAUCAUGGCACGGAAGGGUGUGGGAGCCAUGGGGAUCAGUUCCUCUGUUGGAGCCAAUACUCUCAACAUUCUUCUCUGUCUUGGUACGCCUUGGUUUAUCAAAUGCAUUGUACAAAUCAUCCAAACUGGUAAUACAAACAGUAGUGCAGUCAACAUCAUUUCAGAAGGUGUCACCUACAAUUGUUUUGCUCUCCUCUCCAGUGUCCUGCUACUUUAUGUUGUCAUAGCUGUUUUCAAAUUCCAUCUUGGAAAGCUUCUUGGAUUCACAUGUCUCGUCACAUAUUUCAUUUUCAUCACAGUUUCUGUUCUCAUUGAAAUGAAUGUAUUCUUUUAUGUUAAUAGGCCUUUAUGUGCUGAAAUAUGAAAAUAAUUACUUUCACA